CACAUAAGAGUCUCAAUCCUUUUAUUUUCAGUUGUAUUUCUCCUUACAUCCUUUUCGUGUGUCUUUGUUUCUUUAUGUGAAACUCAAUCUACUCAUCAUUCUCUUAAUAUUGUCUUCUUCCACUGUUAUAAGCAGAAUAAUGGUCUCCUAGAGAUGUCCUAAUCCCUGAAACCUGUGAAUAUGUUAGGUUAGAUGGACUUGAAGAUGCUACUCAGCUGACCUUAAAAUAGGAAGACGAUCUGGAUUUCUCAAGUGGGCCCAAUGCAAUCCCAGGGGUCCUUAAAAGUGAAAGAGGAAGGCAGAGGAGAGGAGUUAGAGGGGGAUGUUAUUGCAGAAGACCAUGCAGAGAACUCCAUCCACCAUUGUUCAUUUUGAAGGCGGAGGAAGGGACCAUGAGCCAAGGUAUGUGGAUGGCUUCUAGAAGCUGGAAAAGGCAAGGAAAUAGGGUUAUUUUCCUACAGUAUCCAAAAAGGAACACAGCCUGCUGACACCUAAUUUUGCCUGUAUUAGACUUUUAACCUUCAGAACUGUAAGAUGAUGAAUUUGUGUUGUAAGGCACCAAGCUUGUAGUAGAUGAUUUGUUAUAGCAGCAGGAGGAAACUUAUACUCCUACCUUCAUGCCUUUUACUCAUGCUGAUCAUAAUGUUGGAAAUAAUCUUCCUCUUCACAAGGAGUUACCGAAGUCUAAUAAAGAUGUCAAGGUCCAGUACUAAUCUCACCUGCUCUAAGACUUCCCAGAUUCUUACAGUCAGAAUUCAUCUCUCACUGUCUCCUGAACAUAAGUAAAACUUUAUGUUCUGUAUCAGCACUUUCUUUCUUAUUAGAUAUCUGUGUAUGCAAGUGUGUGCCUAACCUCGGAUUUGAGUCUCCAGGAAGUGGGAUUUGUAUAUAAUUUGUCUUUGCAUCCUUCUACCUUAUCUAAUUCAUAAAGCUUUACACUCAAGCCAGUGCUUUUUGAAUCAGAUUGUAAAAAUGCAACACAUUGGAAAUGGUACUAAACAUUAGAGUCCUAAAUGCCCACAAGAGGGUGAUAUUUCCUUUAAAAAGUCAUUUAUAUUUUCCCAUGAGAUGAUUUCUCAUGGACACCAUUCAAAAAUGGAAAUUAAAUUUUUAGUUGAAAAUGAGAAAAGUUUGGAUUUCAACAGUCUUGUAUUUGCCAUCAUAAUUUAUGAUUUUUCAUAUUUUAUGUAAUGAGAAUUUCAUUGAUCAUAUAAAAAGAAAGGUUGGUAUGCACAUAUAUUGAAAUAAAAACAAUCUCUCUGCCUCAUAGGACUUAUCUAGACAGCACAGCUGCAUGCUCCCAAGUGUAGUAUAGGUCAAUGGUGGAUUGUGUUUCUUUGAGCAUGGUUGUAUUAUGCAGUGUAUUUUUGGAAUUUCUUUCUGCAAGAAGUGAGGAGAAAUAGGGAAAUUGUACCACUUGCUGCAACUUAAUUUUACUUGGAAUAAAAAUUAUUAAAGUCAAGAAUGCUGUCUCCUAGAGACUCUUGGACAAGGGUGAAAUUCCAGGUCAUUCAAACAACUAUAAAAUUAGCGGGUGAAAGCAUUCCUGAUACCUUGUGAGGUUUUCUCAGACAGGCAGGUUUUGAGUGUGUAAGUUCAGAAAUUUGUAUUCCCUCACAGUUUUUUCUUAAGACGAAUUCCUUAAAACAUGCCCGUAACUCAAGUGCCAAUUGUCUUUAAGCACUGGAUGGAUAGUUUGUAAUUUCUAAUGUCCUUUCCUUAGAACUUAGCCGAGGUUACCUGUUCUCUUCUCAAUGCUGAAUUCAUCAUGGCUCUGUGUUCUGGAAAGAUCAGGAAGUGGGAAGUGUGUGGACACACCAAAUUAGCUGGUUUCAAAGUGGGAGUGGAUUGACAGUUUGAGAGCACACAUCAAGCUAUAAAGGCAGGGUGGAAGGUAAUUUAAAUUCAGCUGCAGUGCAUGAGGUUGUUGGAUUCAUCCUCUUAGGUAUGCAGCAUUAAUCUUCAAACUAAUCCAGAACCAUUGUUUUAUAUUUGAAAUCUUCCAUGCCACAAUGAAACUAUGACAGGACAAAAAUAAAUAAUAAAUAAAUCAGACUUGUUUGAGUAACCUAUCAAUAACUGUCUCCAAAUAUUUAAAGAACUUUCAGAUAGUGAAGGCAGAAGAUGUUCUCAUCCAGUGUCUAUUUUAGGGCAAAACUAGGACCUUUGGGCAGACGUUGGGGUAGGGUGGAGGGAAGGGAAUAGAGCUCAUUCAAGAUUACCAAGCACUGUCUCCCAACAAGAGCUGUGAAAUCAUGGAGUGUGCUUCUGAUAACAAAAAGCUUUCGUCAAAUGGCCAGAUAAUCACUUUUUAGUGGGAGAUUGUUUGGGAAGUAGUAUUAGGUAACCAAUGUUAUAUUUUUUUCUACCAAAUCUAAAAUUCUGUGAUCUUAUCAAAAGGAUAUAUAAACAAUCCCUUUACGAAUUCUUUAUUUCUCUCAAAUUCAGAAAUGUGUCAACUUUUUCCUUAAGGAUAACACAAAUUUUAAAAUUAUUAAAGCAGAUAUUUACCUGCUUUUACCAUGAAUUAGAUAAAUUUCUCAACAUGAAAACCAAGAUGGCAUUCAGAAUGUAAUAGUUGAAACUAACUUAGCCUGGGAAUGUGUUGGUUGCAUAGGGAUUGCCCUAUAUCAGAGUAGUGAAUAACUAUUGAGAGCAUGUGAAGAUGCAGAUAGACAGGGAUAGGCAAGUACUUUUGACCAUUCCCAAAGACAGAGAUCACUAGCUCUCUUUUUACCACUUUUAGGGUUCUCUUUGUUUGCCUGCACUCCUUGAGAAAAUCAAAAUCAUCCUUCACGUUGGGUAAAAUAAUGCAUUGUUGUAAAAGUUGGAUUUCAGUGCUGAUUGUUCCUAUAAAGGAGAAAUUAGUUGUCAAAUGUGGACAUUCAGUUCCCAGCUAUCUAUUGUAUGAGUUGAAAUGAAUUGUCAAAUUUGAAUAUUCAGUCCCUUGCUAUCUCAAAUGUAGACAGCCGUGAUUUCCCCAUGUUGGGAGUGUUAUUGUCCGUGUCCUCUGUCUCCUUGAGUUAUUACAUUCAUGUGUAAACAUGUAGGACAGAAUUUUCUAUUUUUUAAAGUUAUGUCACCACUUGGAAUGGUUUGCAGCACUAACUGCUUUAUCACCUGGCCAGCAGCAGCAAAUUGCUCUGGGACAUUUAAUCUUGCAAAGUGAUUGGAGUCACAUUUUGCCAUCAUUCCUGAAUAGCAAGACAUGGUGUCAUUGAAGACACCUCCUGGCAAAGAAGGUGUGAUUUUCACAGGACAGUGCUGAUGACUUUUUAAUUAAGAUUCUCGUCUUCAGCCUGCUGCCUUACCAGGUGAGUUAGAAGAAAACUGAGAGUGUGGGAGUGCUUGGGAAACAGGAGAGCCCUUGCUAAUUGGAGUUAGAAAUAUGAGAAAAGUGGCCAGCAAAGCCUCUGCAGAGAGAAAAUAAAUAUUCGUGCCGUGUGGAGGUGGGAGUUAGAGAGGGUGGUAGCUGAUAUGAAAUAAUCUAUUAUUGCACCUUCCUCACUAAGUUAACAGGGCUCUUGUGAUAUAACAGGAGGCAUCAGCCUAUUCCCAUCAAAGAGAAUGCAAGUUUUAUGAACAACAUUCAUUUAACAGAACUAUAUAGGUAAAAACUUCUCCUUGUCAGCAGGAUGUAUACUUGUUAGUUAAUACUUGAAGUCAAAUACAUUGAUUUAAGCUCGAACAGCCCAUUCAUGUUCUAUGAGUCUCAUUUUCUUCAUUUUAAAGUGGAGGUAAUAUUUGCCUAAUAGUAUUGCCUUGCAAGUUAAAGUAAAUGGAAUAAUGCAUGAAAGCUCUUAGCCUAGUAUUCUUCAUAUGGGAAGUAAUCAGUAAAUAGAAGUAAAUAGUAUCUUCAGAACCAAAGCGAAAGAGCCCACAGAUUACCAAAAACAUUGUCUUCAUUUACUGGGACAGCCCAUAUCGAGUGUCUAUGUUUGCGGGGAAAGGGACUGUGUAGUCUUAAUUUAAUAACUUUCUUUGCUUUGGAAUACUCACUUAAUGUACUGUCUGUGCCUUAAUUUAUUUACUUUUCCAGAGUAUGAUAAUACCAACUCCUCAAUUACCUUGUAGAGAAGUAAAAAAGUAGAGAUUAUAAAUCUAUGUAAUAUUUCCAUUUGACUAAAGCAGGGCAUUUAAGGAAAACUACAAUGCGUUUCCCCAGAAAGAUCUGAAAGACAAAUAUGAGGUUUUCAGCUCAAAAUCAGAUCUCAUGACUUCAUUAUUGAAUUUGUGCCUAACAUAGAUCAUAAUUUUUGUAUCUUAUGAAAGGAACAAAUAUCAAAAUGUGAUACAGCUUUAGGUAUAUGUUAGAGGCCCUUUCUUGGUUGUAUGGGAAUAAUGGAAAGGACACUGGACUUCUUGCCCUUCUUCGAUGCAUGUCACAUAAUUAUUAAGCCACUCCUCAUCUUUCGGGUACAGUUGAUGAAGGAUGUUGUAAACAUAGAGCUGGACAAAUCACUGGUCUCAGUACAUACUUUUUAAUUUUGAUUUUGAAUGACUUUCCACCUGAAUAUUAAGUAGAAUUAUGAACAAACAUUCAUCCAGGAGCUAAGAACAAAAAGUACAUAAAUACAACUAGUAAUUGAGGAGACAAACAUAUAUUCAAAUAAUUAUAGUUCAUUGAGGCAGGUACUAAUGUCGGUCUGUGUGAAAUGGCUUGUGAGCACCUCAGGAUGGUAUUGGACAUUAGAGAAAAACUCUUUUAAAUAUAGUUUUGAGGCUAUAACAUAAAAUCUUAGGUAAUUUAUUCAUUAACAUAACAAACAUUUAUUGAGCAUCUCUUCUGCAGGUCAUGAAACCUUUUUGACCUAGGGGCCUUGGCCAUGGAUCCUGAUAUUGAGAUAAUGGUCUAGCGGGGGAAGGAAUAUGUACGUAUGUGUACUUAGUGUAAAGAAUGAGCAUAGGCCAGGUAUGCUGGCUCACGCCUGUAAUCCCAGAACUUUAGGAGGCUGAGGUGGGAUGAUCACCUGAGUCUAAGAGAUUGAGAUCAGCUUGGGUAACAUGAUGAAACCCUAUCUCUACAAAAAAAUGCAAGAAACUUACCUAGGCAUGGUGGUGCCUGCCUUUAGGCCCAUAAUUGGGAGCUUGGGGUGGGAGGAUCACUUGAGCCGACGAGAUGGAGGCUGAAGUGAGCUGAAAUCACACCACUGCACUCUAGCCUGGGCAACAGAGCAAGACUUUCUCAAAAAUAAAUAAAUAAAUAAAUAAAUAAAAUAAAAUAAAAAUAAUGAGCAGAGUUGGUAUGGCACUGACUUGUGAAGCACAGCUUAGCAGCAUUGGGUGAGAACACCACCUCCGAGGCCUUGCAUUUGUAUUGUGUGUGUAUCACUUAGGCAUUGAAUCAACUGUUUGGGGUUGAGUUCCCAUUUUGUAACUAUAAAAACUAACUCAAAGAGAUUUAAAGAUUAGUCUUAACUUCAUACGGCAAGUUAUCAGAGAUCUCAGCACUUGAACCUGACUUCUCAAUUCUAGUACCACAGGGCCAGUUCCUCCAUCACUGCUGUCUGUUCUACCCCUCCCCCCGAAUACUGAGUUGUUGCUUGAGAAGGAAUAUUCUGUGACCUUGUCCUGCAGCUAAAGGUAACAGAAACUGUUUAGCUGCUAACAACCUUUUCAUCUCACAUUUAUUUCAAGCUCUAAGAUCCAAGUAAUAACUAUACCAAAUUUCUUGAGCAAAUGAAUAUUGCUAUUGACUUAUUUAUGUCACAGAAGGUUUGAUUAAAAGAUUUCACAGGAAUAGGGAAUUGAGGAAUUAGGCAGUGUGCAUUCUCCUCUCAGCAAAUAGAAGACACUGCAUGAAGCUAGUAAUAUUUUAACAAAGCAUUCAGUGAGGUUUUUUUAAUAAUUAAAAUGAAUUAUAACACCUUGUAAACCAAUGUAUAAUAUUGGGGAAAAUAAAUGAAAGAUUUUUAUCUGUAUCAACUCAAGUUCCCCAGUGGACCUUAAAGAAAUGAAUACCAAAAGAAAAAUAGCAAAAGCAUCUAAAUUUUGCUAUAGCAUAUGCUAUUACUUUACACCUUUCUCUUGUUAGCUUUUCCUUGUGUUUUUUCUUUUUGUUUUUCCUCCUUCAUGGUUAAGAAAAUUAAUAUUCUAAGAUCUAGCAAAGCUAUUGUGAUGCAGUAGACCACAACCACUUCUUUGUUUCCCUUAAAGAAUUACACAAACACAUACUGGUAAAGACAUCUUUUGCCUGGUGGCUAUUAUAAAACGUGAUGUUUGGUGAGUGUUUAAAGACCCAUUGAGUUAUUAAAAGAGGAAGCUGCCAUUACAUUGAGAUAUAUUAAUGCCUUAUUGUGGUUUAUUGCCAACCAUGUCAUGACUAAAUAAAUUAAAAUAAGCAGACAUCUCAGUGUUUUCUAUGUGAAUCAGUACUAGACAGGUAAAGCUGUUACAUUUUCUUAGUUCAUAUCUUUAGGAAGUUAAAAUAACAAGAACAAACUGAAGGGAACACAGUCUGUAAGUAUAUAAUGUUUAAAUUAAGUUGCUACUUAUGUAGAAAUGAAAGAUCAAAUCUGUUGUAAGAAGGCAAAAUAAUCUUGAUCUGUAUAUUUAGGAGAUCUCAUCAGAAGAACACCUAUUAUUCCCAUAGGUAGGCAAACUCUCAUGGUGAAGCAGUUGUGUAGCGGUUGUGGGCAUAGGUGGGGAACCUCCACUCACAAGAGGAGAAGGUUUGGUGAGUAUCAGUUUAGGAGAAUAGCCCACAAUAAUGGUGUGAUGAGUGAUUUCUGGAGACAUGAGUGGGUUGGCAGAAUGAGUAGAAAACUGAUAAGUAGUCUUAACCUGGGAUGAAUGUUGGAGUGGGAUGAAGGUGCAAAAAAAAGCCUAUUCAGAAAAACACUGAGAAAAAUGUGAGGCUUUGGAUUUUGACGCUGAGUGCCCUGGUAAGCAACCAGGUAAACUAUAACUUUGUGUUUUUAGGGGAAAUUAAGACUGACAAAAAUGAUAGCACACUUAUGGGAAGGGAUAUGGGAAAUAGAGACCAUUCUGGGGGCAAAAAAAGUAAAUAAAAUAGGGCAUGCCGUUUCUAUCACCAUAAAGCCCCAAGAUAAAUUAAAGUGAAAAAUAUUUUUUGUUCAGAAACCCUGAACAGAGAAUUCUCUUGAAGCUCAAAAGAGGAAAAGUGACUUACUUAAAACCAUAGAAGUAUUUAGUUGCCAGGAUGAAUAGAGAAUGCAGGCUGCUUCUCACCUUGGACAUUAUCAUAUGUUACUUGGCCCGACAUGAAGGGUAGUGAGUAGAGAGUGGGAAAGAAUGAUAGAUGAAAAAUAAAGAUCCCAGGAUGAAAGCGUUUCAUCCAAAUUUUGGAUUUUCCAUAGGUGGUCAAUGACACCAGGUGGGAGUAACAAAAACAAGUCGUAGAGGCGCACCAGAGUUGGUCUUAUCGGACUACCUGAACAGAACUGACAAUGGCGAAGCCCUUCCUGAGUCCAUCCCAUCAGCUCCUGGGACACUGCCUCAUUUCAUAGAGGAGCCAGAUGACGCUUAUAUUAUCAAGAGCAACCCUAUUGCACUCAGGUGCAAAGCGAGGCCAGCCAUGCAGAUAUUCUUCAAAUGCAAUGGCGAGUGGGUCCAUCAGAACGAGCAUGUCUCUGAAGAGAGUCUGGACGAGAGCUCAGGCUUGAAGGUCCGCGAAGUGUUCAUCAACGUUACCAGGCAACAGGUGGAGGACUUCCACGGGCCUGAGGACUAUUGGUGCCAGUGUGUGGCGUGGAGCCACCUGGGUACCUCCAAGAGCAGGAAGGCCUCUGUGCGCAUAGCCUAUUUACGGAAAAACUUUGAACAAGACCCACAAGGAAGGGAGGUUCCCAUUGAAGGCAUGAUUGUGCUGCACUGCCGCCCACCAGAGGGAGUCCCUGCUGCCGAGGUGGAAUGGCUAAAAAAUGAGGAGCCCAUUGACUCUGAACAAGAUGAGAACAUUGACACCAGGGCUGACCAUAACCUGAUCAUCAGGCAGGCACGGCUCUCGGACUCAGGAAAUUAUACCUGCAUGGCAGCCAACAUCGUGGCUAAGAGGAGAAGCCUGUCAGCCACUGUGGUAGUUUAUGUGAAUGGAGGCUGGUCUUCCUGGACAGAGUGGUCAGCCUGCAAUGUUCGCUGUGGUAGAGGAUGGCAGAAACGUUCCCGGACCUGCACCAACCCAGCUCCUCUCAAUGGUGGGGCCUUUUGUGAGGGAAUGUCAGUGCAGAAAAUAACCUGCACUUCUCUUUGUCCUGUGGAUGGGAGCUGGGAAGUGUGGAGCGAAUGGUCCGUCUGCAGCCCAGAGUGUGAACAUUUGCGGAUCCGGGAGUGCACAGCACCACCCCCGAGAAAUGGGGGCAAAUUCUGUGAAGGUCUAAGCCAGGAAUCUGAAAACUGCACAGAUGGUCUCUGCAUCCUAGAUAAAAAACCUCUUCAUGAAAUAAAACCCCAAAGCAUAGAGAAUACCAGCGACAUUGCUUUGUACUCGGGCUUGGGUGCUGCCGUCGUGGCUGUUGCAGUCCUGGUCAUUGGUGUCACCCUUUAUAGACGGAGCCAGAGUGACUAUGGCGUGGACGUCAUUGACUCUUCUGCAUUGACAGGUGGCUUCCAGACCUUCAACUUCAAAACAGUCCGUCAAGGUAACUCCCUGCUCCUGAAUUCCGCCAUGCAGCCAGAUCUGACAGUGAGCCGGACGUACAGUGGACCCAUCUGUCUGCAGGACCCUCUGGACAAGGAGCUCAUGACAGAGUCCUCACUCUUUAACCCUUUGUCGGACAUCAAAGUCAAAGUCCAGAGCUCAUUCAUGGUUUCCCUGGGAGUGUCUGAGAGAGCUGAGUACCAUGGCAAGAAUCAUUCCAGGACUUUUCCCCAUGGAAACAACCACAGCUUUAGUACAAUGCAUCCCAGAAACAAAACACCCUACAUCCAAAAUCUGUCAUCACUCCCCACAAGGACAGAACUGAGGACAACUGGUGUCUUUGGCCAUUUAGGGGGGCGCUUAGUAAUGCCAAAUACAGGGGUGAGCUUACUCAUACCGCACGGUGCCAUCCCAGAGGAGAAUUCUUGGGAGAUUUAUAUGUCCAUCAACCAAGGUGAACCCAGCCUCCAGUCAGAUGGCUCUGAGGUGCUCCUGAGUCCUGAAGUCACCUGUGGUCCUCCAGACAUGAUCGUCACCACUCCCUUUGCGUUGACCAUCCCACACUGUGCAGAUGUCAGUUCUGAGCACUGGAAUAUCCAUUUAAAGAAGAGGACACAGCAGGGCAAAUGGGAGGAAGUGAUGUCAGUGGAAGAUGAAUCCACAUCCUGUUACUGCCUUUUGGACCCCUUUGCAUGUCAUGUGCUCCUAGACAGCUUUGGGACCUAUGCACUCACUGGAGAGCCAAUCACAGACUGUGCCGUGAAGCAACUGAAGGUGGCGGUUUUUGGCUGCAUGUCCUGUAACUCACUGGAUUACAACUUGAGAGUUUACUGUGUGGACAAUACCCCUUGUGCAUUUCAGGAAGUGGUUUCAGAUGAAAGGCAUCAAGGUGGACAGCUCCUGGAAGAACCAAAGUUGCUGCAUUUCAAAGGGAAUACCUUUAGUCUUCAGAUCUCUGUCCUUGAUAUUCCCCCAUUCCUCUGGAGAAUUAAACCAUUCACUGCCUGCCAGGAAGUCCCGUUCUCCCGUGUGUGGUGCAGUAACCGGCAGCCCCUGCACUGUGCCUUCUCCCUGGAGCGUUACACGCCCACCACCACCCAGCUGUCCUGCAAAAUCUGCAUUCGGCAGCUCAAAGGCCAUGAACAGAUCCUCCAAGUGCAGACAUCAAUCCUAGAGAGUGAACGAGAAACCAUUACUUUCUUCGCACAAGAGGACAGCACUUUCCCUGCACAGACUGGCCCCAAAGCCUUCAAAAUUCCCUACUCCAUCAGACAGCGGAUUUGUGCUACAUUUGAUACCCCCAAUGCCAAAGGCAAGGACUGGCAGAUGUUAGCACAGAAAAACAGCAUCAACAGGAAUUUAUCUUAUUUCGCUACACAAAGUAGCCCAUCUGCUGUUAUUUUGAACCUGUGGGAAGCUCGUCAUCAGCAUGAUGGUGAUCUUGACUCCCUGGCCUGUGCCCUUGAAGAGAUUGGGAGGACACACACGAAACUCUCAAACAUUUCAGAAUCCCAGCUUGAUGAAGCCGACUUCAACUACAGCAGGCAAAAUGGACUCUAGUCCACUUCCUCCCAUGAGACAGAGUGAUGGCCAGCUUGGGGACAUUUGCUUUAAAUGGGAAAGAAAGAGGCCACUUUCUGCCCAAUGGCAUUGGGGGAAUUCAGCCUUCAUUUACAAUCAGUGAGACUCCCCUGUGGAAGAAACUAAAUUCUAUAUAGGUAAAACAUGUUAAUAGGGAAAAGUACAAGCUCUCUUACAUAUAAGAGGGCUCUAUGAUCUCCUUGGAAUCCACGUUUGGGUUAACUCCUCAGAUUUGUAGUGGCAAGGAUGAAAGUGAGAGCAGAAGUAGCUGUGGGAAAAGAUGAGCUACAAUAAUGCUGGGAAGGCAGAGAUUAAGUGCAUGUUUUGAAACAGGUUUUUAAUGAUGUGCCCCAAAAGGCCAGCUGAUUCUGGUACUAGAUUGUCAGAGUUUUCUACCAACUGGCAUCUGUGAUGUCAGAAAUCAUUAUAAAACUGGCUUAUAGACGUGAAACAGGGUUGCCAACCCAAUUGUAUGACUUCAACAACGUCAAAGAGGGCAUUGAAUUUAGAAUCUGAGCACAUCACACCAGCACCAGCUCCCUGUCUCUUCUAGCCACUUAAUGGAGACAAAAUGGAGAGGUAAGACAGACCACAAACUAGUUCUUAUAGUGUACUCCACCUUUUACUUUUUUCCUGAGACAAAUCUACCCUUAUUCUUUCUUCCUCUUCCUUACCUCUUGCAGUAGAGAGGUAUUAAGGAGCAUAAUUAAACUUGUCAAUAUGGAAAGUUGUUUUUUCUAACGCAACAAAGCGGCACCAUCUCUAUUCCCAUCUAAGCUACUCAAAUUGCUGAGUGCUAUUAGAACACAGUUUAUUACAUGGAUAUGGAGACAGGAGAGAUUAAAGCAGAUUCAAAUACACGUGAACUGCAGAUGUCAUAGGCCUCAAAUCAGCUAUAAUUCCAGGAGGCAUGUGUUGAUCUAGUUCUCUAGCAUUGUUGUUACAAGAAAAUGAGUUCGACUGUAUUUUUCAAUCCAGAUUCUUGAAAUUGUCUAACAUGUUGGUACUAUGUCAUCACAGAAUCUCUCAGUAAGGCUAUAUGUGAUCCUCAUUUUACCUCUUGGGAAAUUAGCAGAUAGUCUUUGCUCUAAAUGAUAUCUGAGUAAAUAGACUUGAGGAAUACCUCUACACAGUGUCCCUGAAACCACAUGCAUUGUUCAGGGAGCCUUCACGCGAUGACUAUUCAGUCUCCCUGAAUAUGCUUUCUCUAUAGAACCAUUAACAUAUGGCUAUUGCUCUAUGAUUUUUUUUUAUAUUAGUAGGCAGUGAUAUUGUGGAGGAUGGAAAUCCACAGAUAAUUCAUGACCCUCAUCUUAUCACUUUACUCCAUCUUUUUAUCCUAUUAAAUCAUUUGUGACAAGAUGUCCUGGUAGACUAAAGAUAAACAGAUUUGUUCUUGCUCAUCUUCUGGUGGAUAUUUUAAUUUGCUGUUCACAAUCAGGACAACCAAAGUCAAGGACCCAGACAAACCACAAGGCAGCUAGUCAGCUACUUAGAGUUGGCUACAUUCAAAUAAAAAGUAAUCAGGGAAUGGGGGAGGUGGGGAGUACUUGGCAGUUGGGAUAUGAUCCAUUUUUUUAAAACAACUUUUUUGUAGAUCCCUUGUAAAAAAUAAUAAUAAUGUUGUGAAUCUCCAUGCCACGUGAAAAAGGCCUAAAGAUGAGUUGAAUUUAGGGUACCAUGAGUAAGGCAUGGAAGAACUGUUGAAUGUGUGGUAUAUGUGGUCCCCUAUACUAGAUAGAAGGCUUUGCUACAUGUAAUUCAAAAGCAUCUUGCUUUUCUCAGGAACCAAAGGCUUAUGAUAUAGAACAAAGAAAUCAUCUUAGAACUGUCAAGCAUAUUUUCACAAUACCAUAUCAAGAUCGGGAAAACACUCUUUUGCUAGUGUGCUUAACUUAUUUAUUUCUUCUAGGAAACAAUAGAUAAACAGCAUGAAAAUGUAAAUCAUCUGACAUCACUGAUAGAAUUUCUGAAAGAGAGAGUAGAUGGUCAACCAGUCACAAGUUGGUUGGCAUGGGGUGGUGUGCAGAGGAAAUCUGCAUUCACUGUUGAGUAAAAACUUGUAGAAAGCACAUUAUAGAGCUUAUGUUAGAAUCCAUCUUGGAGGAUUUUUGUUUUAAACCAUCCUAAGCAUUUUCCCUCUUCCCUUCUAAUUGGAGUUAUAAUUGUUUCAUCUACUCUGUGAAUCUACACAGGUCUUUUUGGUUUUUUUUGUUUUUUUUUUAAGAUGUUUGAUACAUUUUAAGUAUUUUUAAAUAGAUGAAAAAUUUAAAUGAUUUUCCCUCAAAUCUAUCUAGAUUACUUUAGGAUGAGACGAGAUUGUUGUCAAUCCCUGAAUGUCUGGAGUUCCCUCCCAUGGAUUUUUUUUUUUUUUUUCCUUUGGCCUGGGUUUUAUAAACACACUUGAACAUCAUAUCAUAUAGGAUAACAAAGGAAGAAGUUAACAUAAUUCACCUCAGACUUCACCCUACAGUUCAAUCAAAUUCGUCCUUCAGCCCAUUUUGUUUCUUCUUUAUGUUUCUCUUUUACUUAUUUCUGCUAGGAUCCUACAUAGGAUUUCUAUAAAAAUGUGUGAAAUUCUGUGGUCACUGCAUGUCAGGAUUGCGCAGUAUGUUACAAUAGAAUUUCAAAGAGAACCCAUGUUUGUGAGAUUUACAAACCAAGGUGUGGGGGAGGAGGUGGAAUUGCGGAUCAGAUAAAAAGUUAGCUUACACUUGAACUCAGUUAUUCACUGUGACCUAAAUUUAGUCUUAUUAUAAUAUGUGCCCGUCACAACACAAAUGCCCCUCUUAAAAGACAUUUGCUCAUCUAUCCAAGGACUUAAUUUGGAAAUUUUACUGUCCUAUUGCAAAAUGAAACAAAAUUAAAAGUGGCCUCGAGUACUUGGUAAGUUACUUAAAAUUUUUACAAAAAUAUUCCACUCAAUGCCAAGUCUUUUUCAGUCCUCAAAGGCAUUUAAGUCUAAUAGUCAUGCUUUAAAUAUGGCUUUAAAUUAUGCCACCAAAAUGGUAUACUUCACAACUUCACCAGACUGUAGCAUCAUAAAGUUAAUUUACAGUUUUUACAACAUUGUUUGUACAUUCUUACUGGUUUACAUUAAAAUCCUUUAACCCAAAAGGGAGCUUGCUCUAUGGAUUUAAAUGCAGACUUCAUUUACCAGUGCAGGAAGUCUCAUAAAACUCAGAUGUAUGCCCACAAAAAUUUUAUUGGCCUUUUUGUAAGAGAUGAAAAAGAAUUGACACAGUUCUCUUUAAAGAGAAGAACUUUUUUAUUAUUAUUUUUAUCUCCAACUACAGGUGGUGUCUUUUGCCGAGGUCUCUAUAUUUUUCUUUCAAUUGUCUUUGGGAGGGGAUAUUAAGUCAAAUCACUAAAACAGGGUUCUCUUUGGAUUAAAAGUUCUGGAUUUAUUGCAACUAUUUACCUUGAGAAACAUUCUCAGCAUCAGAAUUGAUAAACAAAUGUAGAUGAUUAAAAUAGGAUAAUUGGUUUUAGAUAGUAUUUUCUACUUGCCAAACUUCUGGCAAAUUUAUCUGUGAAUUUCAAAAUGUUUUAAAAUCUCUUGAUACGCUUUUGUUUUUCCUUCGAGCCAUUUUCUCUUCAAUUUCUUAGUCCCUCUGCCCUCUGUAAGUGUGUUGAGUGAUAUAGCUAUCAGACGUGUUGAAGGCAAAGUUCUAGCAGAGGUCUUUGUUCCAGCUCUGUAAAGGUCACAGGAAUCGUGAAGGAGCUGAGAAAUCUUCCUCUCUGGCCCACUGUCUGUGGCCCAUUUUCAUUGUUUCCUCAUGAAACAUUGCAGAGUUCGAAUCCUCAGUAACUCUCAUUGACUGGACUAGAGGUGAUGGCCACAGCAAAUGGGAGAGCAAAAUGUUGGCCUACAGAGAAUGACACAAUUGUAUUCGCCUUUGGUGUUAGUUGCCAUAGCGCUGUAUUUGAAAAUUGAUGCUUUAGCCAAAAGCUGAAUGGCCACCGUUUCCGUAGUUUCCACUGUUUUGUCUGCAUAGAAUUUUCCUGAACUACAAGCAAAAAUGUAUUUUGUCCAAUGUCACAAAAGUGAAAAUGUUACUAAUCUUAGACGUGUUGCAUAUUUUGUGUUUUUACGUUCCAAACUCUUUCAAAAGCUGCCGUUACAAAGCUGUUUGGCUGUAUUGACAGCAUGUGGUGUUUUUGCAAAAGCAAUUCUAGGAGAGCCAGUGUCUACCAUGAACUCCUCACAUCCCCACUCCAGGGUCAUUCAUGACAUCAAAAUGGCAACUUGUACACUGUAAUUCUUCGAAAAGUAACAGGGGAUGGAAAUCAGACCUGGCCGUUAGUCACUAGUGUGUAGUACCGUGAUCUGAAGUAGGAAAUUUAACUCACAUAGAAUAAUUGUGGUUUUUGAAGCAGCUACUCAUUGCUUUUUCCUUUUGCUGUGAAGAUCAUGGAUUGGGAAUGUCCUCAUUGGGUGGACCUAAGGCAGUAACAUUUAAACUUCAUGUCCUAGCACCCGCCCUCCAUCCGACCCAAAGAUAAAAAAGGCAGAAAGCUUCAUGGUUACAUCUAAGCUUAAAAAUUUCCUUCCCCACUACUAAUAUUGAGUUCAGCGGGCUCCAUCUUAUUUAUUUUUCAAAAAGGUUAUAGCUUUGAAUUAUAGACUAUAUUACUAAAUUUGGUAAGGUAGUUCUUUGCAUGAAUGGGAAUGCGUGUCAAAAUACUUUCACAAAAGGCAUGAUUACAAUGGAAAUGCUCUUUUGCCUCCAGUUUUGCUAACCCUAAAAAGUAUUUAACUAAUUUCAAGCACUGUUUACACUCAAAUCCCAACAUUGGCCAAAUUAUGUAAUUCUCUUAAAUUUUCACAUAUGUAGGAGGAAAUUUAACUAUGGUUCUGGUGAAUCAUAGAAAGGAGAGACAAUAUUUGAGGGGAGUUUGUCAGCAGAAUAUCAUGCCUUAUGACCCCAUUACUGAAACACAGACAUUACAAUCAGAACUAGACCUAAUAAUUCCAAUAUCCCUCCAUUAGCUAGUUCCAAUGAUGCUGAGAGACAGAGCACCCUGUGCCAGGUGUCAGGAAUAUAAGCCUCAGCAGAGGGUAACUGAAAACUUUCAAUCAGAAACACCCUCGAAGGUUUAUGCUAGAUUAUGUAGGUCACUUCACUCCCAUUCAAAACUUUUCUAUACAAAGGUGGGAAAGCACUCAGAAUCUGCGAAUUUUCUGGUUGGAAAAACAAUGUUCUCCUUUUCCAAAUUGGAAUAAAGACUCAGAAUUACCCAUUCUUCAUAAUGAUGUCUGAUUGGUACAUGCACUCCAGGAAGUCUCAACCUAGAAACGUUGCCAACCUAAGCAUUUAGAGGAAAACUGGCUCAUCUUCUGACCCAAACUCAAAACAUAUGAGUACUUGCAUACCUCCAUUUCUGCAUGGAAGAUGUUAAAACAGAUUUCACUUUGUUCCGUUUAUUUUGGGAAGGUGCGUGGGGGUGUUCUUUCAAGUGAUUCACAUCUCAAACCCAUACCACUCUCAACUUUUAUUUGAUGUGUUCAAAGCCAAAAAAUAAAAUAAAACAAAAUAAAGCAGGGCUGAACACUUAAUUUGACAUGAAGCUGAAGGAGUGAGCAAGCCAGAGGAGAGAGGUUGAAUGAAGCAUAGCCUUGGCUUCAUACCACACUUUUUGUGCCUUGUAUUAUCAAUGUAAAUUCUGAAUGUUGUACAGUAACUACUUGGAUGGACUUCUUAGAAAAGGCUGCACUGGCUUCUUUUUCAGCACAUGUACAUAUCUAUAAAUAUAUAUACAUAUAUAUUUGGUAAUGCCAAACAGCUGUGUUAUAUUGUAUUGAACAAAAUGGAUGGUUUGGAUGUUUUAUGUAGAGUUUGCAAAAAAAAACAAAAACAACUGGAUGGUUACAGACUUUUCGAGAUAAAUGUACAGACGUAAAUUACUGCAUAUCAGUUAUUUAUGAAUAAAGAGUCUUUUAUUGACAUUUUAGGAUA